AUGUCUAAUACUUACGACGAAUUCAACGGAAAGGUAGUACUGAUCACCGGCUCGAGCGCCGGUAUCGGAGCGGCCGCUGCCUUAGAGUUCGCCAAAUGCGGGGCUCAUGUGGUGAUCACCGGUCGAAAGGCGCAGACAGUGAAGGAAACCGCCGAAGAGUGCCGUAAAGUAUCGCCAAAAGGCUUGAAAGCCCUGGAAGUGGUCGUAGACAUCAGUAAACUGGAUGACUGCAAACGACUCGUCGACACCACUAUUAAAACUUUCGGAAAACUGGAUGUUUUGGUGAAUAACGCCGCGUACGGAGACAUCACCAAAAUAGCUGAUCCACAGCUCAUCGACAAGUAUGAGACGGUUAUGAACACAAACCUCCGGUCAGUCAUAUAUUUGACUCAAUUAUCUGUCGAGCAUUUGGAGAAAACUAAGGGAAAUAUCAUUAAUGUGUCCGCGAUUGCCGGCAUUAGACCCAGUGCUAUGGGAUUUCUAUACGGUAUGUCCAAAAGUGCCCUGGACAUGUUCAGCAAGUGUAUGGCACUGGAAUUGGGGCCCAAGGGUAUUCGUGUCAAUAUUGUCAAUCCGGCAGCCGUUCGCACAGACUUUGGUAUGUCAUUGGGCACAAUGACCAGGGGACAAUUUGAUGGGCUCAUGCAUGUGCUGGCACAGGGUUACCCAUUGAGACGGGUGGGUGAGGCCAUAGACAUCGCGAAUAUCAUACUAUUCUUGGCGUCGGAUAAGUGUUCGUUCGUAACGGGCAUUAACUUUGUCUCAGACGGCGGUUCCCUUUAUGCCCCGCAGGGGAAUGCCGUUGAUUUGAACGCAAUCGGCAAAAAGUAA